UGGUUAUGAUCGGUACACAAUUAUGAUAUACUGCAAGACCAGCUCCACCCCCUCUUAGUGUGCCUGUGUGGUUUCAUUUUAUUAUUAUGACGAUCUUUACCGCAUUCUCACAUGUGCUCUAUGUCAGACUAGAUCGAGGAGGUUGCUAUGUCCUUGAAGUAUUCUCUUGUGGUGCUAUUGCUGCUGCUGUUCUGCGGAGGGAGGUUAGUGUUGGAGCAGUUCUAUGGAGACCAGGAUUGUGAGAUGACCUGGAUGUACCAGUGGCCGCAAUACCUGGCAGUACCCUUGGAUGCUACAGUAGAGAACUCCUACCCUCAAUAUGGCCUCUUCCUCUAUGCUGAAGGGGACAAGAGGGAGGAUGCCAUUGAUGUGCCUCAGGGCUCACUAUCUGGUGUGCCAGUUCUCUUCAUCCCCGGCAAUGCUGGCAGUCACAGACAAGCUCGCUCAUCUGCUUCCAUUGCUCUGAGGAUGCAUUCUGCUGAGUUUUCUGGUGCCCACUAUUUUGACUUCUUCACUGUCAAGCUAAACGAGGAGCUGUCGGGACUGUUUGGUGGCGUACUACUUAGACAAACAGAGUACGUAUGUGUGUGCAUACGUCACAUCCUCUCUCUCUAUUCUCAUCUCUCCCAACCACCACGGUCUGUUGUCAUCAUCGCGCACUCCAUGGGAGGUGUAGUGGCUCGAGCAUUAUUCACAUACCAUGGCUUCAAUGCAUCGACUGUACACACCAUCAUCGCCAUGGCAUCUCCGCUGAGUAGACCAGUCAUUAGUUUUGAUUCUCUGCUACAUGGUUUCUACGAGCGAGAGGGUGUGGUCAAUAUGAGUCAUGUGACCCUCGUAUCUAUAGCCGGGGGUAAGAGAGAUGUGAUGGUCCCCACGGCCAUCACUCCACAUCAAGGAGCCAUCAACCUAGCAUCCCCAGCUGUUCCGAGGAACUGGGUGUCUAGUGAUCAUCGUGCCAUCGUGUGGUGUCGUAGGUUACAGCUGGCUCUGAUACGCGGACUCUUCCUAUUACAAGAUGGCCGGGAGCUGACUCGAGAUAAGACUAGGAGAGACCUCACACUGACACACCUCCUAUUACGAGGGACGGAAAUCCCCUUACCUACAACAAAACCUGCUGCAGUACUUCAGUUUAAGUCAUCACAAGUUGUCAUGGUGAAUGCUACUGAUGGAUGGUCCAGUCUCAGAGGGGGGGUGGGGGCUGGGAAGUACGUGGGCGUACAGCUGAGUGGCCACGCUCCUAUACAUGUCAUAUCUAAUACAGGUCAAAGGUCGUGGGUGUUCCUCUGUGAUCAAACCUCAAACUGCUCCGAUGUGUCCUCUAGAGCUUCUUUAUUGCCUCCAAAACUGGGUGUGGUCAAGGCUGUAUCAUUGUUGCCGGGUGACUGGGAGGGAAAGUCCCUACUUGUUAUUGCUCAGCCCACUAAACUACACCCAAAAUCAGUUAAAAAGGGAUUCUUGUCAGUACAUCAAUGCAUUGGAGAUGAUCAAUUACCACUCUCUCUAUGGGGCACAAGCCUCACAAUAGCACAGCCUCACUGCUCGUUGAUGAACUUCUCUCUCCCAGGACUACAAGAGGUUUGGGAGAGCUACACAGCUGUCAUCAGUAGUAGUUGUGGGGAGGUUGUAGCUACACUCUCCACACCGUGGUACGCCCACACACCCAUCACACAAUCACAUCCCUCACACCCUCACAACCUCAGCGUAUCACUCAGUCUACUGGUACCCACUCCGAGCAGCCACACCCCCCAUCUCCUUAUAUGGAGCCCUCCAGACUGCCCCCUCACCAUCCGAGUGACCUCUGAUCUCUUGGAGUCUCUUGACAAGCUCUCCGUCCUCUACACCCCCCUAUUGUUGCCGUGGGUUACAGCCGUGUGCAUUGCUGGAUCUGGGUGGAGCCUUGGUAUCGAGCUACUGGCCGUUACCACUCUAUACGGACUCACCAGUAAUGGUUGGAUCCCGUACACUGACUGGCAGCUGCUCUCCGCCUCUCGUCUCUGGGGGGCGUGGACCCCUCUCCUUGUCCACCUAAUAGCCCGUGCUAUCGCUAGUCUGCUAACUCACAUGACUCGACUGAUUGCAGCCUUACUGCAUAAGAUAUGCUGUGGACGAGAGACGUACAUCAUGUGGGUGUGGCUUGUGAUGGGUGUGCCUGGUGUGAUGGUGUGCAGUGGUGUGGGCGGAGUGUGUCUACUAGUUGGCUGGCUCUUUAAGGCCUCUGCUGACGGGCAGGUGGGACUUUUGCCAGUGAUUGUGUGUGUGGAGGUACUGACUGUGCCAGCCUUAGGAUCGUGGGUCAAGGGACUCAGUGCACAGUCCCAACUGUACCCUGACCCACACUUGGCUGGAAUGUUAGCAACAGUUUGUGUUGCCCUGGCUACCGCUUGGCAGGGGGCUCCUCUACACAAGGACAGACACAGACACACUGGAUACUGGGAGGCCUUGCUGGCUAUGAUGCUCCUAUGUUACUGUACAGUCCAUGUCUACAGAAUCACUGGAUUUGUAUUAGCCUAUAUGACACUCAGACUGGUUGAACUAGUAGUAGCCAGCUAGCCUUAUGAUGACACUCAGACUGGUUGAACUAGUAGUAGCCAGCUAGCCUUAUGAUGACACUCAGACUGGUUGUAGCCAGCUAGCUCACAUCUGACAUAAUCAUAGCAGCCUACUAUACACCAGACUCUAGUAUAAUUACUAUA